AUUGGACGGCUGUUACUCGGGGACAUAAAUUGGUCGUUUGAGGAUACGGGUGCCAGGUUGAGAGGUCAAUCAAGUGUGACACUGGCACAUGGUGAUUGGCUUUGUUUAGAUCAUCAUCUGCUUUUAUUUCCGUCGCGUAUCAGAAUUUGGUGUAUGAGAGAGCAUUGAGGAGAUCUUUGAUUUUGUUGUGCUGUACGGAGUUAAUUCUGAUAGGCGGAUUUACUAAGUACUGCUCAUUUAUGUGUGAUUUACUGAGUAUACACUGCUCUUUUACUUGUGUGCUGGAAUCCAAUUUAAAAACUGUGACAUUUAUAUAAAGCAUGGUUAUAACGGAUAAUACAAAUGAGGAUAUAGAGUAUAGAGAGAACAAGAGCAGUAUGCCUGAAUCCCCUGACAUAAAGACCCCCCUCACCUACAGUUCUCCCCCAGGAAUGGCCAGUGGGGCAGUACAGUCCAUCCCCCCUGCUAGGGACCUAACAAGACCCCACUCAGGAAGCAGCAUUCUCUCAGUUAACGGCAGUCACUCUCCACUGUCUUUAAUGAAUGGAAGAACUCCCUCCCCCUCUGCUUUGGUCAAUUCCUCCAUGAGCCAGCAGUUACCACCGGCCUGUGGGGCACGGCAGCUUUCCAAAUUGAAGAGAUUCUUGACAACAUUGCAACAGUUCGGCUCAGACAUUUCACCAGAUAUCGGGGAACGCGUCCGCACAUUAGUACUUGGGCUUGUGAAUUCUCAUUUGUCAAUUGAAGAAUUUCAUGCAAAACUGCAAGAAGCAACCAACUUCCCACUGAGACCAUUUGUAAUUCCAUUUCUGAAGGCAAACCUGCCAUUACUUCAGAGGGAGUUGCUUCAUUGUGCUAGGAUGGCAAAACAGAGUCCACAACAAUACCUGGCCCAGAACGAACACAUCCUGUUUGAUGCCUCGAGCAAUUCUCCACCCGAGUCCCAGGACAUUUCGGUGGACAUUAAUGAAAACGGCAAACGGCGAUCACCCGACAGCCGUAAGGAGAACAGUUUUGACAUGAGUCUUGACUCCAUGAAUCCGACAAAGCGACAUCAGACAAUAAGCCCGAGGGUCAGUCCUAAUGGUGCACUGAACCUCAACAGUGGACCAAUCAAAUUGGAAGACAUCAGUCUAUCAAGAGAGCUGAGGGAACGAGAGCGGGCAGAGAGGGAUCGUCUAGACCGGGAGAGGACAGAUAGGGGUGGGGACAAAAAUUACCCACCCUUCAAUAACAACUACACCCGGUCAGAUUCAUUUGACCCUCUGGAGAGGAUGGACGAUGACUGGAGACACGUAGAAACAGUAAAAGAAGAUACAAUACAGAUUUUCAAGCACAACUUUAAAGGUCAAGGUUGCAAUGACACUCACAAGAUGUUGAACUGUAUCAUUGGUAUGGUGGACAAGACGAAGCGGGCGCUGGCUGUACUGCAGGAGCGCAGUCUACGAGAUCGUGAAGAACUCUCCCUGUGGAUGAGAAGACAUGCUGAGGGAUUGGAUGUUGACAUGAAGAAACGAUCCAAUGAUCUAAUGGCUCACACGCUGAGGCAGACGGAGGAUCGCGUCGCUGAUGUGCGAAGGAGAGCAGAAGAGGCUGUUCAGGAAGUAAAGAGACAGGCCAUGUUAGAGCUGCAGAAGGCUGUGACGUCUGCGGAGCAGAAAGCCACUGAGAUGGUGUCUACCGAACGAAUCAAGAUGGAGCGCUCACUGUCCGAGACACGGAAAAAAGUCCGAGAGGAGGCGAUGGCUCAAUUUAACCAUCAAGAAGAAUCGAGUGAGGUCCGUGAAGAACCCCAUGUUGUUAGAAGCUGCUGGAACUGUGGAAGGAAAGCCAGUGAAACGUGCAGUGGUUGUAAUGUGGCUCGGUACUGUGGCUCCUUCUGUCAACACAAAGACUGGGAAAACCACCACCAUGUGUGUGGAAAGUCGGCGGUGUCCAGCAUCCCAGAGACCCGCCCAGACCGUGUACCUUCAGCUACGCACAGCUCAACACAGCAGAAACACAGCCCAAGUCACACCACAACAGAGACCACCAGUCCUCCGACUUCGCUCAGUCCUGGACGCCCAGCAACCUCACCCCCAAAGAUGGCAUCCCGUUCAACUACACCCCCAGAGAAAAAUGUUGAUGUGAUAGGAUAACUGUAGAUGGUCCAUUAUUAUGGAGUCCGUCUGUAGAGUCGAAUUUAUAUACAGAACAUAGGAAAGAAAUCAUGUGAUAAAAAUGGCAACUUUUAACACAUUGAAAGACAUCAUUGAUGAAAUAUAUGUGUAAUUUUGUAUGGACCAAUAUGAAUAAGAAUAUAAUUGUGCAGUGUGCACCACAACUGUAAUGGGCUCUCUGUAAUGCUGACAUUCCAUGUUUUAACUGUCAGAACAGAGAUGUGUACCUGCUGAACACAGGUACGCAUCUCAAACUGUUGACUGUUUUAGUUAAAAUCUAUUGUUUGCCUUGAAAAGGAUCUUUUUUCCUUCAACAUGUAUUGUGCAUCUCCUCACUAGUCGAUAAUUUGUAUAUUCUUCUGUGACCCAUGUACUGGUUAAAAAUGUCACAUGGAGAAAAAAGAGAGAAUGUGGAAUAUUGAGUGGCAAUAUUUCAAAGGUCAGACAUUCGCCCGAGUGUUACACUUAAUUGGGUCAAAUGUCACCCACAAACCUAAGCUGCUAGCCAAUGGGAUAUGAUCAUUAUGUAUUAUGAUGUUGUGUAGUUCUGAAGCAAGGCUGUGUUUAUAGGCGACUUUCCAUAGAUAUUUAUCAUGUGAUGUCGGAUGUAGAUCCGUAUCGUGUGAUGUCAGAUGUAGAUCUGUAUCAUGUGAUGUCGGAUGUAGAUCUGUAUCAUGUGAUGUCGGAUGUAGAUCCGUAUCAUGUUAUGUCAGAUGUAGAUCCAUAUCAUGUGAUGUCGGAUGUAGAUCCGUAUCAUGUGACGUCGGAUGUAGAUCCGUAUCAUGUGAUGUCGGAUGUAGAUCCGUAUCAUGUGACGUCGGAUGUAGAUCCGUAUCGUGUGACGUCGGAUGUAGAUCCGUAUCAUUUGAUGCCAGAUGUAGGUGAUUUUUAUACUGGGACGUAUUUCUGUGAUAACUAAUAAUCAGCUACUAAUCUGGUCAGUGUGUAUGAAGCUUUAACUGAUAUUUACAUUGUAUGUUUCUCAUUGUUCCUUCAUUUUGUGUAAGCCCAUGUACAUGGUGUCGACUUUUUACUUGGGUUACAGUAUGCCAACUUCAUGAUCUUAUUAACUCUGUAUCCCCAUAGCUGUGAAAAGUGCAAUUUUUUCACUUUUUGAUAAAUAGAAUCAUUGAAAACAUUUAACUUUUUCAUUACAGAUCAUUAUGUAGAUGAAACUACUAGCAUUUUAAGUAUGGCUCACAUUUUGACCUUCUCAUUUUCCUAAUUGUUCCAUUUUCUGCAUUGUAGCAAUCAGAACAUCUUGGAAUUUUAUGACAAACGAUAUUGAAUCAGUCCGCUUAACGAUAACAAGCAAUGGACUAUAGAUAGGGUCCAUUUUACAAAAGGUCUUACAACUUAAGACCACAAAUGCUUUUUGCAUUUAUUUUUACUUUUCAAUGCUGCAUUUUUCCAAAUGCAAAUUUAUGAAAAAUUUGAGAAAUAAAGAAUACAAAAUAUAGAUGGAGCCAUAUUUUCACAGAAUUGGAAAUGGAAAUGUUUUUGACAAAGUGAAUAUAUUGCUCGUUGUUAGGACCUUUCAUAAACUAAGCCCCCGGAAAACUCGGUACUCUUUCUGUGGAUACUGUAAACUAAAUUCAAUGGACUUUGGAUACACAACACUUAUUCCUUGUUGGUGUAUUUGCAGAUGAGAAAUGUGAUCUUUAUGCAUAUUGUCUCUUUUAUCUGCCUGCCUGUCUGUGAGCACAAUGCUAACCUUUGGUUAUAACUUUUGCACUAUAUAAAAGGUAGAAGCUUCAUACUCAAAGUCAAGGUCAAAGGUAGAUAACAAAGUCAAGGUCAAAGGUAAGACUUGCCACAGUUGGACUUGGCCACAGUCAGGGGCUUAAUGUCAAAGAUACAUCUUGCUGAACUCGUAAUUAUGAAUUAUUUUUAGUUCACAGAAGGAAAAUGUGUAGCACCAUGCAGCGAGACUUUAUCUCGUUCUGUCUUGUUCGCUCUGAGAUAUUUCAUCAAUGUAUCUAUUAGGUCAUCUCUAUGUCUCAGUUUGUUUCAUAUUUGAAUGGGAGAUAACUUUUGCUAAUUAUGGUAAGCCAAUUUUGGAUUUGAUGGUGUGUGUAUAUUUUAUUUUGUGUACACUGUGCAAUACGUGAUUGUUACGUUUCUGUCCGGGAGCCGACAGUCUGUUGUCAUUCUCAAUCUUAAAUAAAUACUCAAGGAAAAACA